CGUCUCAGGGCUGCCAACUGCAGCUCCUCGGCGAGGUUGGUUCGAGGCGCGACCGCUAGGAGCACGCGAGGCGGACAGCAAGACGCAAGCCGUACCCGCGACACGCACCUGCAACCUGGUCAGCGCGGAGACGACUUUGUUUCGAACGGCGGGUUUGCUUUCGUUAUUGUUGUUGUUGCCUGCGCCGGUGCUGUCUUACGAAUUGCUUGUGGAGCUUAGCUGUCGGUGUGUUGUGUUCCGUGUUCACGUGGGUUGGUUUUACUUCCUUCUCUCCGAUCCGCUGUGCGUCGAUUAUCUCACGGGUGGAAAAAAAACUGAAGAAGGAAUUUGAAUCCAACAAUGACCUCGUCACAACCAUCGAGUCCGACGGACAGACAGAAGGCGAUGUUUAGCUGGAGCGCUAAUUUAGGGGAGGCGAACAGCGUCGCGGUGUCGCCCAGCCCGGACGUGGUGUCGGCGGACCGAGGCCACACGCUGCAGCCGCAGAUGUCGACGGUGUGGUCGCGGCGCCAGCACGCCGUGUGCGUGAGGCACGCCUUCAAGCACUACGGCUCCAAGAAGAACCCCAACCACGUGCUGGAGAACCUCAACAUGACCGUGGCCAAGGGCACCAUAUACGGCCUGCUGGGCGCCAGCGGCUGCGGCAAGACCACCCUGCUGAGCUGCAUCGUGGGUCGCCGCAGACUCAACACCGGGGAGAUACACGUGCUGGGCGGGAAGCCGGGCACCAGGGGCAGCGGCGUGCCGGGCAAGAGGGUCGGCUACAUGCCCCAGGAGAUCGCGCUGUACGGGGAGUUCUCCAUCAAGGAGACCAUGUGCUACUUCGGCUGGAUCUUCAGCAUGAGCACGCAGGAGAUCCUGGAGCGACUGCAGUUCCUGCUCAACUUCCUGGACCUCCCGGGCGAGAACCGCCUGGUGAAGAACCUCAGCGGCGGGCAGCAGCGACGCGUGUCCUUCGCCGUGGCGCUGAUGCACGACCCGGAGCUGCUGAUCCUGGACGAGCCCACUGUGGGCGUGGACCCGCUGCUGAGGCAGAGCAUCUGGAACCAUCUUGUCCAGAUAACCAAAGAUGGAAACAAGACAGUAAUCAUCACAACCCACUACAUUGAAGAGGCUCGCCAGGCCCACACGAUCGGGCUGAUGCGGAGUGGGCGCCUGCUGGCCGAGGAGUCCCCUCACGUGCUGCUGUCCAUGUACGGCUGCCAGUCGCUGGAGGAGGUCUUCCUGAAGCUCAGCAGGAAGCAGGGCAGCGGCGCCUCAGGCGUCCCCGAGCUCAACUUCUCCAACAACAUCUCCCUGGCGUCGCUGCACUGGGGCCGGAAGGGAGACCCGGUGUACGUGACGGAGGAGAGCGGCGUGGUCGGCCUCAACUUCCACCAGUCCAAGGAGGUUCUCAUCCAGGACAGCUCCAACGGCUCCGCCCACUUCGAGAUGAACGGCCGGGCGCACGGGCUGGACUCGCCGACGGUCGACUGCGACGAGUGCGCGGACUGUGACUGCUGCGACCUCACCACGCGCGGCAAGAUGCGCGCGCUGCUGCAGAAGAACUUCCUGCGCAUGUGGAGGAACGUGGGGGUGAUGCUGUUCAUCUUCGCGCUGCCGGUGAUGCAGGUGAUACUGUUCUGCCUGGCGAUCGGGCGGGACCCCACGGGGCUGCACGUGGCGAUAGUGAACCACGAGAUGAACUACACCGGGGAGCAGUGCCCCAUCAUGACCAACUGCACCUUCAAGCUGCUCAGCUGUCGCUACAUCCAGCACCUGAAGGAGGACACCAUCGUCAAGGACUACUACGACACGCCGGAGGACGCGCUGGACGCCGUGCGGUCGGGCAACGCGUGGGGCGCCCUCUACUUCACUGAGAACUUCACCGACGCGCUGGUGGCCCGCAUGGGGCUCGGGCAGUACGCGGACGAGGAGACCCUGGACCAGAGCGAGAUCCGCGUCUGGCUCGACAUGUCCAACCAACAAAUCGGCCUGAUGCUGAACAGGGAUCUCCAGUUCUCGUACCGAGACUUUGCGCAGACUCUGCUGGAGUCGUGUGGCUCGAAUCCCAAGCUCGCAGACAUCCCCAUCCAGUUCCAAGAUCCCAUCUACGGCAGCAACGAGCCGAGCUUCACCGACUUUGUCGCGCCGGGAGUCAUCUUGACGAUCGUGUUCUUCCUGGCCGUGGCCCUGACGUCGUCUGCGCUCAUCAUCGAGCGGACGGAGGGUCUCCUGGACAGGAGCUGGGUCGCAGGUGUGACUCCGUUCGAGAUCCUGUUCUCACACGUGAUCACGCAGUUCGUGGUGAUGUGCGGGCAGACGGCGCUGGUGCUCAUCUUCAUGAUCCUGGUGUUUGGCGUGGAGUGCAAGGGAGACAUCACGUCGGUGGUGAUCCUCACCAUCCUGCAGGGCCUGUGCGGGAUGUGCUUCGGUUUCGUCAUAUCGGCGAUUUGUGAGCUGGAAAGGAAUGCCAUUCAGCUUGCUCUCGGCAGCUUCUACCCCACUCUCCUCCUGAGUGGCGUGAUCUGGCCGGUGGAGGGGAUGCCGAUCGUGCUGCGCUACAUCAGCCUGGGGCUGCCGCUGACGCUGGCGACGUCCUCGCUGCGCAGCAUGCUGACGCGCGGCUGGACGAUAGUCGAGCCGGAGGUGUACCACGGCUUCAUCGCGACCAUCGUCUGGAUCGCCCUCUUCCUCACCAUCAGCAUGCUCGUGCUCAAGUUCAAGCGCGGCUAGAGGGCGGGGCGCGCGUCUCUCAGCCCCGAGCGCUUGCUGCCGUACGGCGAGGCCAACAUCGCUCAUCACACGCCCCUCCCGCCCACCCCAGCCCACUUGCCGCGUGCAAGCCGAACGCUCCCCAUCCGCUCCGAGAGCGCAGUCCCCAUUCCUGCAGGGACUCGCGUGUGGAACGGUGCGGCGACCCCACAUCGUUGUGCUCAAGACUGUCCGACAGAAGGCUUCGUGGCUUUAGAGUAGUAUGUUUGCGACGUGCCGUGAUAAGUCAGAACUGUGAUUCAGACUCUGUGUGCUAAUGAUUUCACUGAAGGCGUGCGUCAUGUCGCACUCGGAAUUCAGAAUGAAACAUCAUGGGUAAACCUUUCCGAGGCAAACUAUCGUCGUGAAAAUAAUUUUUUUUUGUUCUCUUGUUCAUGCGACAAUGAGGAGAAAGGUACACAACUUAAUAUAAUUAUUGUGUACAAAUUUUUCUUCAGUUAGAUGUGAAUACUUGAAAAAAAUUUAUUAUUUAUUUAGUAUUUUUUUUUUUUGGUAUUAGGCAAACAUCAAAAAACAAAAAAAAAUGUUUGAUACUAUUAAAAAAGUAAAGCUAAACAUCAUCGUAAUGCAAUAUUAUAUACUCAAUUUAAGUUUUUCCAGCAAUGAUACUUAAUUUUUUUUUAGCAAUGUAGGUGCUUAGUAUAUCAGAAGCAAAAAAAAAUAAAGUAUUUUCAAAUUAUUUUUAAAUUUGAAAUAUAAGAUUUUAUUUUGAUACAUAUUAUCUAAAGUUAUUCCAGAUAAAAAAAAUUACAAUGAAAAUAAAAUGAUACAGUUGAAUAAUUGUAAUAAUGCAUGCAAAAAGCUAUGUUUUAUUGUUUAUCACUGUAGCAAAUAAAUCAAGCUGAAUUCUAUCAGUAUCAAAUACUAAUGUUAGAGCAGAAGUAGUUUAUUUAAUAAAUGUUACCAAGUUCCUCAAACCGAAACAAAAACCAUUCAUUGUACCAAGUCAUAAGUUGUUAUAUAGCCAUUUUAAGUUCUAUGUUCUCACUUGAAAGUGAACUAUUUUUACUGAAUUACUGUCUUGUAUGGACAUAACAGUGGGAUAUUUUUUUU